AUGCAAAUUAGAGCCGUGAAUGGUAGAUUUGGCGGUACAUCGCAUGAUUCGCACAUAUGGAACUUGUCCGGUGAGCGCGAAUAUUUAAAAACUGCCUUUGAAAACGGUGUCUCUGGCCAACGAAUUCUUGGCGACUCAGGAUAUCCGUUGGAACCAUGUCUCCUUACUCCAUACAGGAAUUCUACGGAGGUUUCAGUCGAACAUUUUUUUAAUCAAAAACGUUCAAAGGAAAGGUCGUUGAUUGAGAGAGUUUUUGGCGAUUUGAAAGGCCGAUUUCGUUGCCUUCUAGCUUCAAGGGAGUUGCACUAUGCUCCAGAAAAGGUUGUGCAAAUACUAAAAGUUUGUUGUGCUCUGCAUAAUAUAUGUAUAAUGUUCAAAGUUCAUCCUCCCAGUUUAGAAAUCGAACCGGAACAAGUGAACAUGGUAAAUAUAGAAAAUGUAGAAAAUCUGAGUUUUGGAAAUAUAGCUAGACGUGUAAGAGACCAAAUAAAAAAUGAUAUGAUUGCCACUCGAAAUUCUUUAGGUCUACAAAGAGUGAGUACCGAACGGCUGCAGGAAGGUUUCUCAGUCACCUGUUCGGGCACAUCGACUGAAUCGCUGUCAUUCUCCUCUUCGGGCAUAUCGACUAAAUCGCUAUCAUUAAAAGCUGCUUCUAAACUUUACUACAUCCGUCUGACGCGCACCAAACUCCCGCGUGCUACCUAUCCCGCCCACAGAUUUAUUUAUAGAUAG